AUGUGUCGCUUUCUGGUUUACAAAGGAAGCGACGAGAUCCUCCUAUCCAAGCUCAUCCUCGAUCCCACCCACUCAAUUCUGAAGCAAUCUUUCGAUUCUAGGCUUCGCCUGGACACUCGAAGAGGCCAGAACAACGCAGAUGGCUUUGGAAUAGGUUUCUACACUGAUCUCAAGCUGGGUCCCGCACCAUGCCUCUUUACCUCCACGAUCCCCGCCUGGAAUUGCACGAACCUACAGCGGAUCGCCUCCAAGACCGCCUCACGGCUCAUCUUUGGACACGUACGAGCCACCACCGAGGGAACUCUCAGCGAAGACAACUGCCACCCUUUCGCACAUGGGAGCCUCAUGUGGAUGCACAAUGGAGGCUUGGGGGGCUGGAAGUACAUCAAACGGCGGCUGGCGGAACGCCUUGCAGACCGGUGGUACCUGGGGGUGAAGGGUGGCACAGACAGCGAGUGGGCAUUUGCCCUCUUCCUGAACACUCUUGAGCAGCUUGGCCAUAACCCUAGCUCCUGCCCAGAAACUGGGUUCGGCCCGACGGUCUUGCGGAAGGCAAUGGAGCAAACCAUUGCCCAGAUUAACGAAAUGACCGACGCAAUCCCUGAGAGCAUUAUCCAGAAUGAGGAUGUCGAUACACGGAGCCUGUUAAACUUUGCAGUCACAGAUGGCCACAGCGUCAUCUGCACGAGGUACAUCAGCAGCUCAAAGGACGAAGCAGCAAGCUUGUAUUAUUCCUCCGGAACACAGUGGGCUACAAGAACAUCUUCCCCAGAUGACAGACAGUACCAGAUGGAGCGACGAGAUAAAGGAGCCGACAUUGUUCUUGUUGCAAGUGAACCCCUGACAUUUGAGAGAGAGAAUUGGGUUAAUGUACCAACAAACUCCAUGUUGACGAUCCACCGGCAGACCGUGAUGAUGCACCCCAUCAUUGACAAGUACUAUGAGCGGGAUCCUUAUCACGUACGAUCCAGCGCCUUUGUCCAGGCCAAAGGGUUAGUUACAAACGAGAAGGCGGCAUUGAGCGGCUCCCUAAGCCCUGCAACCGAGACACGAGGGGAAUCGGAGGACAGCCGAAAGAUCGUGGGAGGCGUUGGGGGUAUGCACGCGUUACGAAGCUUAAGCCCAGACCUCGCCCGGCGGUCUCUAACACCAGCAUCCGCCCAGGACAGGCGAAUCAUCGCGGAGCCAGCCUAG